AUGACUUCCUACAUGAGAAGCAAAAUCUCCCAAGCAACAUCAACCCGCUCAGGCUCCAGCGGUCCUCCAACAUCAGAAGACGCCGAGAAAUAUCGCCUCCUAGUCACAGCCGGGCCCUCCUACGACCUCAAAGACCACAAGAUCGUCCACGUCAACGACGAGUCCUCACCGACAUACAUCGAAAACGACUUCCUCCGCGCCAAAAUCCACGUUCGCGUACGAGGUUUCCGUGGUCUCCCCUCAUCAUGCCCCCCAACAAGCGAAUACUUCAACGACCCCAUGCACGAACGAGACCAGUACUCGCUAGGUUUCAGCUUCGUGCCCAAACAGGACCUUCCAAGUCUGAACACCGUCUGGGGCAAUGAUCUGGACCACCCGGUGCGGGACAAAAUCCCCCCGGGCUUCAACACCGCCUUCCGCAUCGUCAAGGAAUUCAUCGACCCGGGCUUGAGCUGCGACGUCUACGCCGACGAGCCCUGGCUCUACGGCCCCUCCUUAUCCUGCUGGUUCGGCCUUCGCGUCGGCGAGAAAGUCAUGGACGGCAAAGACUUCGACGCCCCGGGUGUUCUGGCCGAAGGCGCCGAUGGCACGGGACGCGAAGUGAGAUACAAGUACAACCUCCCGGAGAACAACGAAAAGCGGCGGAAAUUCUUCCUCUCGCCCGCGAACCGCGAGCCGUUCGUCUUCGAGAAGGAUCGCUUGUACCAGGCGGAUUUCUACAAUCCGUACAUCUCGUUCAGUCAGUUUAGUUUGAAGCUGCCGGGUUUCAGUUUGAAGGUGCUGAAGUAUAUCGGGGAGAAGACGCAUUGUUUGAGGUAUGUGUUUAAGAAUCGCGAGACGGGGGAGGUGUAUUUUAAUGUCAACUUUACGUUGCUUUGGGGUGAGCAGUUGCGGAAGGCGUUGAGGGAGGAUGAGGCGGGGAAGUUGUCGGCGAUUGUUGGGGCGCAUGUUGAUGGGGAUGCUGUUAGUGGUGCGUCUGGGGAGGAGGAUGAUAUUGAUGAUGAUGAUGGCGAUGAGGAAUAUCACUCUAUGGGUGAGGACGAGGAUGAGGUGAAGUCGAGCGAGGAAGCCAAGGCUACGCCUGCGGAUAUGCAACUCCAUCCUGGAGAUCAUGGAGCGGCGGCGGACCACUUGACGGCGAACGCGCGUGUUGACGAGAUUGAUGAGUUGCUGAAGAAGACGUCCACUUCGCAGCAAAGAAGUGGCACUUUGCUGAACGAUGUCGAUUAA